CCUUAAAGAGUUUGACGAGAGUUCUUUUCGUUCGUUCUUAGACUGUAUAGGUCGAAAUAAAAGUAGAAUAUUGGAGUCAAAAGAAUGGUAUUUAGGAUUCUGUUGAGGCUUUAGUUCUGCAACUGUAAGGUAGUUGCGAGACAUUGAAGCACACCCUCUUCUGAUUUGAACACUAGAAAUUAAAAAGGUUAAUACUUCCCCUUUCUUUAUCAUUAAACUGAGGAAUGAGAUGGUUUUGUUCAAAGUGAUAGGCUCAGGAAGUUCCAGAAAAUGGCAAUGUGCGGGCAUCUUCCUGACUAAAAAGAUAGGUUUCAGACAAGACAAUCAGUGAUUUUUUAGUGAAGCUAGUUUGAGCUUUUGGGUGACGUACAGAUGGAUAAUGGAAAGGGGAUUGAAGUGGGUAUGAAGGGUGAUGCGAAGGGUCCGAAAGAAUCAUAUUGCUGGUCUGAUGAGAGGAUAAAGUUACUAAUCGAUAUUGCUAUAGAUUAUUCACGCAAAGGGUACAAGCUGAAUACUUCUUUCACGAAGGAUGGUUGGGCCCACUUAUUGAGAGAGUACAACCAAAAAUGUGAGAAGCAAAUAGCCAUGCAACAACUUAAGAAUAGAUGGAAUAUUUUGAAAGCUAUGUGGGUUGCAUGGGUGUCUUUGAAAAAUAGUGGUUGGACGUGGAACACGGCUUUGGGGACUGUUGAUCCACCUAGUAAAGAACAUUGGGAUGCUUAUGUAAAGAAACAUAUUCAUGGGAAGCAUUUCAGGCAUGGCCCAUUGCGUAAUGAACAAGAACUACGGGAGUUGUUCUACUCUAUUGCUGCUGAUGGUGAAGGUGCAAUUUGCACCUAUGAAGAUCACCCACUACUACCCUCACCAAAAGGGGUAACAGCUUCCAACAGUGCAGCGUUAAACAUGGAUGCUGAUGACUCAAGUAAUGAUGAUGUCUUGCCAGUUGAGGUGUUAAAUAUGAAGAAGAAAACGAAGCAGAAGAGCAAGAGAUCUAUAGGGUCAUCAUCCAAGAGGUCAAAGAGUGAUGAUUAUGAUGAUGUGGGUGACACACUUAAGAGAAUACUUGCUCUAGAAGAGCAAAGAAGAGCAAAGAUGAUUGGAGGAAAGAAAGAUACCACACUUAAGGAGGCAGUUGAGAUUCUUAACUCUUUGGAAGGGAUUGAACUUGGUAGUAACAAUCAUGUGCUGGCUUUGGAGGUGCUAGAGGACCCAACCAAAAGAGAGAUGUUUAUUACGAUGCAUGAAUCAGCUCGAAUACCAUGGCUCCUUAGAGCAAUUCAGAGGAAAGCAAGAGAGGACCUUGGAUCUCCUAUUUGAUGUGCAUAAUAGACACUUUUUUUACCAUAUGGUUUGAACCAAGUUAGCUGUCAUCAUAGAUUUAAGGCUGAGGCGAUAAAAGGAUGAUUUUUUAUUUUUUGGCUACUGAUCUGGUCACCAGCAAUCACCACAUGAGGAAAAAUGGAAUAUAAGAGGGGUAUUUUAUGACAAUGUAUGGGGAGGGAAGCAUUAUUACAAGACCUGUACUUGGAUA